AUGCCAAAAGACGUUGAAGAUGAAGGAAAGCCUCCAUCAUAUAAUCGCAUCCGGUAUCGGUGGAUUGGAGACUGCCUAGGAGGUAUCCUGGACGGUGCUUUCUCCGUCAAACCCCCUCAUAGCAAAAUCCUCGACCUGGACAAGGCUUUUCGUGACUGGGAUCUGGGAAUUCCUCCUUCUGGAGAGAUUUCUGCAGUCCAAAACGGCAAGAUGAACGAAUGGAUACAUACGUCGCAUCAUACGGUCGCUAUCGACCUCAGGGCUUCAGGAAAUUGGUAA